AUUGACUCUUCCUCUCGAGUCUUCAUCGUCUCUGGCCAACAAACAGAACCAUUCUGCGGAGACCACUGGAGAGACAGAGAAAGUGAGAGAUAGACCCCGGGGCGGGGUUAAGCUCUGAUUGAACUCUGAAUCUGAAGUUGGUUUAUCGAAUAUAUGAGUAAGAGGGUUGAUGAUGGGUAUAAGGAUGGCGAUUAAGGAAUUGUGGAACGCUCUGCAAUUCAUUUGCUCCGUAGAAUUCUGGAGAAUGUCGGUGUUUUGGACGGUCUCUCUCCUCGUCUCCUAUUGCCGCUUAUUGCUUGCUCCCAAAUCCAAGUCCUACCCACGUUGUCCCCCUCCAACUCCUAUCAAUAACAAGCCCGUCUGCAUUAUCACCGGCGCUACAUCUGGGCUGGGUAAGGCCGCUGCUUAUGCUCUUUCAAAGGAAGGUUUCUGCGUUGUUCUGGCGUGUAGCUGAAUUAAUUCUGUCUGCAGUUGGACGGUCCUCUGAUUUGUUAUUGAAGACUGUUCUUGAGAUAACAAGUUCGAAUAAAGAUGCCCAGCUCAAAGCUUUUCAGGUUGACAUAUCAUCUUUCCAGUCAAUAUUGAACUUCAACCGCUCCCUUCAGCAGUGGCUUUCAGAUACAAAAAUGCAUUCUUCAGUCCAAUUAUUGAUUAACAAUGCUGGGAUACUAGCAACAUCGUAUAGACUUACAGCUGAAGGCUAUGAUCAGAUGAUGGCUACAAACUACAUUGGUGCAUUCUGUCUGGCCAAACUUCUACUUCCACUCCUCAUAAACAGUCCUGUUCCUUCCCGGAUUGUGAAUGUUACAUCCUUUACGCAUCGAAGUGUUUUUAACAUGCAGGUUGACAAGGAAACUGUCACUGGCAAGAGCUUCUUGAGACGAAAACAAUACCCAUGUGCUCGUAUUUAUGAGUACUCCAAAUUAUGCCUACUGCUGUUCUCUUAUGAACUUCACCGACAACUUGGUUUGAUGGAAAAACCUCAUCAGGUCUCUGUCAUUGCUACGGAUCCUGGAGCAGUGGAAACCAAUAUUAUGCGUGAAGUUCCUUCAUGUCUUUCCCAUGUAGCUUUUAUGGUCUUGAAACUUCUGGGCCUUUUGCAAUCACCUGAAAAAGGCAUCAGCUCUAUCAUUGAUGCAGCCCUUGCCCCACCAGACAAAUCCGGAGUAUACUUUUUUGGUGGAAAGGGUAGAACUCUCAACUCUUCGGUGCUGUCGCACAACGCAGAACUUGCACAAGAGCUUUGGACUACUUCAUGUGAUCUGUUUUUGCAGUCUCAGCUUGUUGUCGAGCCAAUUUCCACUUGAGCAUUGGAUUGCAAUAGGGAGCAAUCUCUUCAUCAACCAAAAUAAAAGAGAAUGGGUGUUCCAUCAGUGUCAGUGAAUUGGUACCAAGUGAAGUGGGUUGAUGGCCUGUUCCUCGAGAUGUGUUCUCAAUUAUUUUGCUUCAUGGAUGUUUUGUUAAAUGCAAUGCGAACUUGUUACCAUGAAAUCUUUGUC